AUGUCGUUUAACAAAUUUCAAUACAAAAGGGUUGAAGUGUUGAACAUUCCCGUUUUCAGUUUGGUUCUCGCCGCUGAGUUUCUCCGGCCGCCGCUCAAACAUGCUCCGAGUUUGAAUUGAAUGCUUGACCCAGUAGAAAGGGCAAAACUUUCCAUGUGGCUGUUGCCGGGUAAGCUUAUUUCGUCAUGCAAUUUCCUCAAACAAGUGAGGCCGAGACGAUGCUACGCUGCUCCUGCGCUUUUCCGACGGUCAGAACUGGAUUUGGAGGAGCCAACAACAGUUGAUACUCAUCAAAAAGCCGAUGCUUUGGGUAGUUCGGUGGAGCUGGACUGUGGCCGAGUUCUCCAUUUUUUGCAUGAUAUGAGGAAGGAGCCUUUCCUUGCACUUUCUUUCUUCCAUCAACUGAAACGAGACGGGUUUGUUCAUGAUGCGUAUACUUAUGCUGCUAUGAUUAGGAUAUUGUGUUUCUGGAAUUUGGAUAGGAAAUUGAAUUCCAUGCUUUCUGAACUCGUCAACAACGAGAGGGAGCGGGAUUUCGCUGUUUCGGAUUUGCUGGAAGCUCUGUCCGAGGGUUGUGAUGUUGAUUGUUCGAAGGUCAUUUCGAAAGUGUCGGAUGUUUUGGUUAAACUGCAUGCAGUGCUUGCAAUGUUCGAUGAGGCGAUCGAUGUUCUUUUCUGUGUUAACCAGUUGGGGUUUAAGCCGAGCAUUUUGACGUGUAAUUAUCUCAUGAACCGGAUGAUUGAGUCUGGGGAGGUUGAUGCAGCUGUGGCCAUUUAUAUGCAGUUGGAUUGCUUUGGAUUGCAUCCUAACGAAUAUACUUGCUCGAUUGCGGUUAAGGCAUUCUGUAGAAAGGGUUGCUUGGACCAGGCAUUGUCUGUUUUCCAGACAAUGGAAGAUCUUGGGAUGGCUCCAAAUGCGUUUGCCUACUCAAGUUAUAUUGAAGGGUUGUGUACUCAUAACAGCCCGGAUUCAGGCUAUAAAGCGCUUCAGCUUCUGGUCGAAGCUAAGCUUCCAGUUGAUGAGUUUGCUUAUGCCGUUGUGAUUCGAGGGUUCUGUAAGCAGAUGAAACUUAAAGAGGCUGUGGAUGUACUAGUUGAGAUGAAAAGGCAAGGGUUUGCUCCCAAUGUGUAUGCUUAUGGUGCUAUUAUUUGUGGGUUAUGCAGGGAUGGGAAUUUACUUGAUGCCGUAUCUCUUCAUGAUGACAUGUUGUCAGAAGGUGUGAAAACAAAUUGUAUGAUAGUCAGCUCAAUUCUUCAGGGCUGGUCUCAAGCAGGCAAGGCUUCUAACCUUCUAAGUUUUUUCGAGACAUGUAAGAGGAUGGGUAUUUACCUUGAUAAGGUUUGCUACAAUAUAGUGAUGAAUGCCUGCUGCAAGUUAGGCAACAUGGAUGCGGCCAUUGAAUUGCUUGCCGAGAUGAAAGAUAAGCAUCUUGUUCCUGACAUUGUUAACUAUACAACUGUCAUUGGUGGUUAUUUGGAUGAAGGAAAACCUUAUGAGGCCCUAAACAUAUUCAAAGGGAUGAAGGAAAAUGGGGUUAUCCCUGAUAUUGUCACGUAUAAUGUAAUCGCUUCUGGUUUCUCUAGAUUAGGUCUGACACAAGAAGUCAACAAUUUGUUACAGUACAUGGAAGACCAUGAUAUUAAACCUAACAAUGACACAUACAGUGUCAUCAUUGAAGGGCUAUGCACUGGAGGCAACUUGGAGGAUGCUGAAGCUUUAUUUUCUUACUUGAAAGACCAGAACUUGGAUAUCGUUAAUGCCAUGGUUAACGGAUAUUGCUCAGCACGAAACUUAGAGAAAGCUUUUGAACUAUUCAUUUCUCUGACUGAAAAAGGAUAUACACUGAAGAAACGUUCUUGCUUGAAACUGCUUUCCAGUAUGGAACACGAUGUUGAGAAAUCUAUUCAGUUGGUUGAGACAGUGUUGGCUCUAGGUGCUGAAUAUUCUAACAUUAUGUGCAGCAAAGCUAUAGGGAUGCUUUCUCGUGCCGGAGAAAUGGAAAAGGCCCAAUAUGUGUUUGACCUUCUAGUCAGCAGAGGGCUAAGUGCUGAUAUGAUGACAUACACAAUGAUGAUAAAUGGUUAUUGCAGGGUCAAUUGCCAGAGAGAGACAUGUACUCUUCUGUAUGAUAUGAAGAAUACAGGGCUUGAACCAGAUAUUAUCACAUACACAGUUUUGCUCGACGGGGCCUUGAAAAUAAGGUCCAGGAAGAAGGCUAUGGGAAUCAGCAGCAAUAAUGCGGAAAAUUCAAUACUUCUGAAUGAACUAAAGGGAAUGGAUAUAACGCCUGAUGCUGUUACUUAUACUGUUUUGAUAGACGAUCGCUGCAAAACAAAUAAGUUCAAGGAUGCUGUAACACUUUUCCAAGAGAUGAUUGAUAGAGGGCUACAACCUGACACUGUUACAUACACGGCUCUUUUGUGUGGAUACUUUUAUGUUGGAGAUGUAGCUGGUGCUACAGCUCUUCGUGACAAAAUGUUUGAUAAUCAAUUACGGCCUGAUGACAUUUUCAAGUCUGUGUGGAACCAUGGUAUUUUAAAAGACUUGAAAUGUCGGUCCCAUGAGUAGUGGCUUGGAGAUGGGAUGAAGUAUGGCAGACCUUGAAAUACAUCCGACUAAAUCUCAUGGUGCAUUGCAUUUUCAAGGGGAGGCAAUUGCAGUUGACAGGUUGCCUGUGGUGAUUCUCAUAUUGCAGAUUAAUGCACGACUUCAAGGUGUGUUUAUAAUCAAUCGGUUCUUGUAUUUUGGAAAGUGGCUUCCUCAAAAUAAGAGUAGUUAACACUUUUUAUAUGAGUGAAGUUUAGAGCAGUUAACAUGUUUAAUUGUUGUUUUGUGUCAAGAUCAAGUUUUAUUAUUCAACUCUCUAGUGUCUUUCAGCUAAUACAGUCUAAUGUUUGUUUGUUCCUUGAUCACUUCAGGAUUCUCUCUUGCACAAGAGCUCGCCCCUUCUUUAAUGAGGUAAAGUUUAUCUAAGUUAUUAUAUAUUUUCUUUUAUACUAUGAUCAGCAUUGAAAAGGAAGGUGCUCCAAUGGUUUUAAGUUUUGGUUGUCAAAUUAGACAAUGAAAUUCUGCAAGGAAAAUAGAACAACUGCUGAGUAUGAAUUGUAAGUCAAUCUGGUAAACCAAGGCAACAGAAUAAAUAUUUAUUUUAGAUCUCCAAAUAUGAUCUGAUCGUGGAUUUAACAACUUGGACUACUUAAUUGUACACGCUAAUGACCUUAAUCAUGCAUUUCCUAACUCUAUAUCUUCUGUUGUAGCAUUAAGUAACCAAUUAAUGAAGCUUAUCAGCUUCGCUGUUGGUUAGAAAGCUUAACGUAUAAAUUAUAAUGCGUCUUGGUGUGCCUUUUCUCCUGUUCCCUCAGAAGGACGCAUUGCUGAAAGGAUAGAUCUUCCUCAAACUACACUUCUGAAUGUUAAUUCAAUUUAAAAGUAUGUGUGUUCUUCCUAGCUGGCUUAUCUUCUGUAAUUUGGUUGUUUCCCCUCUUUCAUCAUUGUUGUUGUGCUCUGAUUGUUCUAUUAAUGUUGAAUUGGACAAUCAGAGAAGUGAGCAAGGUAGACAAGUUGGAGGAUUUGUCACUCCCAAAUCCCGUCAAGUUCAUCAUUGUGUUCCAACUAAACCAGAGAUGGCAUUCUCACAUGAAUAUGAAAACCCCUCAUGCACAUGGUUACUUGUUGUGCUGUCGCCGGCUCCCUUGUCAUUACUCAUUACGUCGCCAACUACCUUGACCUUCCAGCACUAGGUAGGGGUCAUCCCCUAUACAUGGUCUUACGACUUUGAGGAGACCUGUGUAGGUAAAAAGCCACUAAGCCUGGUCACUGCGAUCCCCCUUUGUGAAGAGGCACACCCACUCUCGAAAUUAUGAGGCUUCCUUGGAGAGGGACGUACUGAUGUUGAAGCUAAUGAACAAACUAGGAUGGGGGUGUUCCAGCAGGAGGGCCACGCAUUGCAAUCUCGUAGUGAUGAAGGAAUUGCUAUUCAAUGAAGAAAAACCAUUUGAUCCUUAUGGUCAAGUUCCCAGAUCACGGAACCAAAUGGCACUGGUAAACUGCCUUUUAAAGAAAUAGAUGAAAAUGUUGGAACACUGAAGAUUUUCGUGUGUUGUCAAGUACAGGUACUACUUAGCAGUUCUGUUUGACAUUUAUUGUUUUCUUGAUUAAUCUUAUGAAAUUAUGUUUACCCGAUUGAAAUCACUUCUCUUAGUUCCCUCCGCAGGAAAUCACUCAUUCUGAUAAUUGCCCGGUGUCAAUUCCAGUCCAGAACCCUUGCUUUAUGCUGCUGCUCUUUGCAAGCUUCCUAAAUUUCAAACUGACACUUGCAGGUGAUUUCAUGUGACUGUCUGACUGAUGCAACAAAAAGGCUUACUUUGUGUUGGUAGCUCUGACUUAUCAUCGAAAGGUGACCAUCCGUUGAACCAACUCUUUUUCUAAUUAUCGUUCACAGACCAACGGUUACCUGGCAAUGGUAGUUGCUGCACAUCUUUACUCGAAUAUGCUGUAUGUUUUGAAGAGAGUUGGAUACAAGUACUGCUUUGCACCAGCUUCUGUUGGCAUUUUCUUAUGCUCGGAAUCAACUAUAAGCAAUAACGUCAUCAUUGUGUUGCAGAGUCAAAUAAACGAGGGUCUGAUUGCAUCCGGGUCGAAAAUCAUCACCAGCAGUAGCAGGCUAGCAGCAACCCUUUACCAGGGACAGUAACAUUAGCAUCUUGGGAGACCGCCAACUCUGGAGUUUAGCAGUUUUCUGUUUGCACCUUGCUAAAGCACAAAAACACUAGAAAUUAUUUGGAAAUGACGUAGAAAAGCUUGGUCUCGCUGACUCGUGGUGCACGUCCAAGCCACUGUGACUAACUUGGAGAUUGGUGCAGCAGCUUGGUGUCCACAAAUGCCCCACUUCUUGUUGUUCCAUCACCACCACCAUUGAUGUUAUUAGGUGGCAGGGUGGCAAUAAGCUGUUUAUGUAGUGUCAUGUUGAUGUACUGCAAUUUCUCUGGCUUCUGAAGCCAGAUAUGUUUCAGUUUCAGCUUCGUGUGAUUUUAUGAUCGAAACAACAUUCUGUAAUAAUCGUGGCUGACUGCCACGAAAAUCAGUUUGGGAGGAUAACCAGGCACAAUGAGGAAAGAUACCUAAUAAAGAGUAUGAGGCUGG